CUUAUCUCCAAGCCGAGUAGAUAAACUCGAUCUUUCCUAUCUCUUUCAUUCAUAUUUCUCCUUUUCUUUUCUUCUCUCUGUUCUUCGUCUCCGAUUCUUCUCCUUUUCUCUUGCAAGUUGAGUUAAAUCUUGCAAGUUGUUCUUUGUAAACUUGUUAGUCUGUUGAUAGAAGACGAAGGUGAUGGUACUGAAGCUGUUUGACCUCAGGAAGAAAAUAAAAAGGUCUCAUCGAUGUCCCCUCUCCAUCGCGUAGCUGCUGUUCUGUUAUAGUCGUUGCAGUCAGGAAAAGCUCUCCCGGAGACUAGCACGUUUGUUGCAGCUCAGCUUAUGGUAUCGGCAUCAACCACCUCAAUGCCGAUGGAAUUAUCAACCCACAUACUCGCACUAAAGCAUAGGCACGGGGACUUGUCAAAGGAAAAUUUUAAGAAGCAGAUUUUGGAGGCACUUGAUAACGAAGAUUUGGGUUCCCAACCGUCCUCGUCAAAAACCUUUGAGGAAGAAGAGAUAAAAUUGGAAAAUACAGAAGACCUGAAUGCAAAUGGUGAUGAUUGCUUUGGAAUGAUUUAGGGUUUAAAUGGUUCGAAGAAGAUAGGAAAAUUCUAAUUAUUUUCCGACAAAAUAAAAAAAAUGGUCAAGUUUUCAUCAACAGGAUCGACUCCACUAUUCAUUAAGGACACGUAUUUGCUUUAAAAUAGUAAAAGUGAAAAGGUUUAUUAUUUUCCAAAAAACAAAAAAGGUAAAUCUUAUCUAAGAUUUCCAGCUUCCAUUUGUCUACCACUUAUAGGUUGUUGUAAUUAUAGAUAGGAUUCUCAAAAAAGAAAAUCUUAUCUCUUUUGUUUCUUGCAAACUUUCCCCUAUAUAAAUACUCGUUAAGGGAAAGGGAAAGGGCAAGUUUUUAGUUCUCAAGAGUCCUUGUCUAUAAGUUUGAGAGUGAAAGUUUCUGAGUGUUUCCUGCUUUGAGAGCGAUAGUUUGUGAGUGUUUUCAUGUUCUAAGUGUGAGUUUGAAGUUGUUUAGUGUGCUAUCUAUUAAGGAAUAAAAGACUACUCUGUAAGUAUCUCUACCCGUUAUCUAUGUUUUAAGUUUCUUUUAAUUAUGAAGAUUCCUUUUAAUUUUUCUAAAUUAUCUUUCAAUCACUAUUUCUAUUUAUUAGUUUUAAUAAUAUAUUUUGUUUUGAAGUUUUAUAUAUAUAUUCUGUUUCAAUAUAAAGAUUAUACAAAACCUGGGAACGUUUUGGUAUGCAUAUAGGUUUUGGUGCAUUAAAAUCAUAAACUCUUGCUAUAUCGAUUUGGAUUUAACUCUGCAUGCAAUAUGCACGAACACAAAGUAAUAACCAGGGUUGUCCCUACACAGUGGUGAUGAUGAGGCUGCAUACCAAAGUGCUGAAAGAAGCCCAUUUAGCAGUCCAAAAUUACCUUGGGGAGCUGAACAAUACCUGGAUUAUUAUCGGACAUUUGAUACUACUCCUCUUAGUGAAGGUGCUGACUCCGAUGAUGAUGAUAGUAGGAGGGAACAAUACAGGUGAAAACGUCAACGUUGCGGAUGAGAAUGCGGUUGUUGCAUGGGUUACUAGUAUCGUAUUGACUUACAUGAAAGAACGACUUCGCACUAAGCCCCUAACAAUACGGAAGAUGGUCUUAAAAAAGAAAACAGUCAAGAUAUCCUACUUCACUGCUCUUCGUGCAAGGCAUAUGUGCCUUGAGAAGAUAUAUGGGUUGGGCUCAUAUGAAAGAAGUUUCAGGUUAGUACCUGAGUUGUGCCACCAGAUUAAGGCUAGCAACCCGGAGAACAUAGCAGUUUGGUCCAAAGACAACACGACCAAUGAGUUUCAAGGACUGUGUAUCGCUUACAAGGCAUCUUUGGAGGGAUUUAAGGUUGGAUGUAGACCUUUGAUAGCUUUGGACGGUUUUCCGCUCAAGAGUAAGUAUAGGGGUGUAGUCUUGACUGCCUCUUCAGUUGAUGGGAACAAUGGCAUGUUUCCCAUUGCCAUCUAUAUUUGCUUGACUGGAACCCAAGAAACAUGGAGUCGGUUCCUUUGCAUUCUCAAACCUUUUCUGAUGGAAUCGGACAGGACAAUUAAGUUUUUUUCGGAUCAUGAGAAAGGCGUCAAUGUUGCGGUUUACUGAAAAUCUUGAGGGUGUUCAACAUAAUCAAAGGUCAUGCUUUAGGCAUAUCUAUCACAUAAUGAUCCAAAAGUUUCCAGGCCUUGAUGAAGUGGCAUGGAAACCAGCAGAAGCCUACAAUCUGAAAUCCUUCAAUGCUGCUAUGGAAGAGUUGGGACUUACUAAUAUGGAGGCUAAGCUUUGGAUGGAAAAGCAUGAAACUAGUACUUGGGCUAGACAUGCUUUCGACCAUUCUGUCAGAUGUCCACUCAGUUUUAACAUCAUCAGUUUGGCGUUCCAAAAUUGGUUAAAGGAAUUGAACUGUAAGCCAAUAAUUACUUUGGUAAUGGAGUAUGAAAAUAAGCUACAUGACCUAAUGUUUAAAAGGAGAUAUGCUGAAAUGAAAGAUGAUGGAAUAGUCCCAAGGGUGGAGAUGAAACUAGAAGGUAACAAAUUUUUUUCUUCCAAAUAUGAUGUACUUCCUGCCGAUGUUGGAGAAGAAUGGUCUGUUACACACCGCUCUGAGGCAAAUCCCACUUGCCAAGUAAAUUUGACCCGAAGACAUUGCAGCUGUGGGGAAUGGGAAGCAACAGGUGUACCUUGUGUACAUGUAUUGGUUGUUCUUGUUCAUGAAGGUCGUGAAGAUUACAACACGUUUGUUGAUGACUUUUUCACGGUUGAGAGAUACAGAGUUGCAUAUGAUGGUUAUAUCCUGACACUUCCCGACAUCGAUCAGUGGAGGAAAUGUACAAAUCCCACAGUUCUUCCACCACCAAUGGUACAUAUGCCGAACUAAUCUCUGGCAAUGAUAAGGUAACCGAAAAUAAGAAAGAUGCUAAUGAUUUAUUACCUCUUUUUUGGUUCUGAUUAUUUAUGCUUUUGAUGGAGGCUGUCAACUGGGCAGCAAUGAUGGGAUUCAACAAAGUAGUGUUUGAGAGUCUGAUUGUCAGUGAUUCGAUCAAGAUUUUUUGAGUAUUAUAACUAUUAUCCUGCUGAUAUUGAAUAUCGGAUACAACAAGAUUUUCCAUUGUAAGAACUAAAUUUAUUAAUGCAUUGUUAUUAUCAGAUUAAUUUUCUCAAUAAACUUGGUUCUUGGUGAUUA